UCUGGCUAUUCUCUCCACUGCCGCAUUCAUACAGGAGAGAAGCCGUUCACAUGUGAUCAGUGUGGAAAGAGUUUCACACAAAAAGGAAAUCUUAAGGAUCACAUGAGAGUUCACACUGGAGAGAAGCCACACACAUGUGAUCAGUGCGGGAAGAGUUUCACACAAAAAGGACUUCUUAAGAGUCACAUGAAAGUUCACACUGGAGAGAAGCCGCACACAUGUAAUCAGUGUGGGAAGAGCUGCACGCGAUCAUCAAACCUUAAAGAACACAUGAGGAUCCACACUGGAGAGAGGCCGUUCACAUGUCAUCAAUGUGACAAAACAUUUCGUGGGGAAUCAGCCUUCAAGAGACACCUGAGAGUUCAUACAAAGGAGAAGCCACAUUCAUGUUCUGUGUGUGGAAAGAGUUUUUCACAGCUGUAUUAUUUAUAUCAACAUGAGAAAACACACACUGGUGUGAGAGAGUACAUGUGCUUUGAGUGUGAGAAGACUUUUACUACAGUAAACCAAUUAAAACUGCAUCAGAGAAUUCACACUGGAGAAAAACCUUUCAAGUGUUCACAGUGUGGCAAGGGAUUCAGUGAUUCAUCAAAUCUGAAAACACAUGAGAGGAUCCACACUGGAGAAAAACCUUACAAAUGUUCACACUGUGACAAGAGAUUCAGUCUGUCAUCAAAUCUGAAACGACAUGAGAAGAUC